AGCUUCUUCAAGUCAGACAACUAUUUUCCAACCAGAAGAGGAAAGCAAUAAUUUCUACUACUUGUACCUUUACAAGUAGACUAGUAACUAGUAUACUAAUACAUUAGUAGGCUAGUAGGCUAGUACAUUCGCACACUAGUAGUGCUUGUGCGGUUACUGUGUCGCAGGGUGACGCUACCAGGUACUGUAAAGACAGCACCCAGCUGGAGGUCCCCUCGUCCCUCAAAAAAUCCCGACGCGAUUGCGCUUCGCGUCCAACGCAACCCAACGGCACCACCACCACUAUCUUUCAAUUGCGCUUACCACUAUAGAAAACCCCCCUUUCACCUUCACUUUCCCCUUCGCGCCCUCACCUUCGCCCUCGUCCGCGCUCCCUCGAGUCUCGGAUCGAUCUUUCAUUCAUGGACUCUCUUUAAGCUUCUUUUCCUUUGCACUGGCACACCGUCCCGAGGAUUUGCGCAACAUCAUUCCUCAGAAGUGUGAAUUCUGCUCCCUUACAUUUCAAUAUGAACGCCCCAAAUACACCAGCAGCGCCGUCACUGGGUGCUAACGAAGACACGAUCUCUCCUCAAUCGUCCGCUUCUGCCUCUUCCCAAACUCCCCGUCGCAGUAACGCCUCCAGCCUUCUGGCCAAGUUCCUUCCUGGCGCAACCGUUGAACACAAGAAAGACUCCCAGAAAGGCGAUUCUCCCGUCGCUCAGAGAUCGAUCUCAUCCCUAUCAUACCCCGAUCCGGAAAUGUCACCGAUGAACAAACCCUUAGCCACUCCUCAACAGCCUCAGUAUGUCGUCCCAAUCACCACCUCUGCUGCAAAGGAGGAAAGUGACGAUGUGAUUGAAUAUACAACCGGUCGUCGUCUGCGAACUCGAAAACCCAACAUGUCGCUCAAGGCUCUGGAGAACAUCGAGACACCACGAAACAAUCGAUCGCGAGCGAAGAAAACACCCAAAAAGAAUGCGAUUGCAGAUCUGAUCGGUGUCGACCAAUUUAACCUCACCCCAGUUGUCAGCCAGAGAGUAGCCAUCCGGCAGGAGAUUGCUAGCAAGACCGCGGCAAAUCGAAAUAGGUUCUUCGUUGAAAAAAAGGACUUUUUGCUUCCAUUGCUUCCGCCCAACAACUAUGUGCGAAAGUUGCUUGAGAAACAUAAGCAGCUCUCCCCAGAGGAUUUGGACAAGCUCCCUAAAAUCACACCAUACAGUGAGAUCGCCACUCAACCAGAAGGUGUCAAGGCCACGAUGAAGCCAUAUCAGUUGUCAGGUCUCAGCUUUAUGGUUUAUCUGCAUCACAAUGUAAGUUGUACCCAACCUUGCUCGUGUUUUUAGUCUAAUAGUAUGCCAGGGUCUCUCUGGAAUCCUAGGUGAUGAAAUGGGUCUGGGCAAGACUCUACAAACUCUGUCACUUAUUCAAUACAUCAAGGAGAAUGAUCCAAAGGCAGGAACUGGUAGGUUGCAAAGACCAUUUCUAGUCGUUUGUCCUCUGUCUGUUUUAAGCAGUUGGAUGGCCGAAGCCAAGAAAUGGACACCAGGCCUCAAGGUUGUCCGAUUCCAUGGUCCCGUCAACGAGCGCAAUAAGUUGAAGAAGAUGGUCAUGGGAGAAAUCGAUAUGUUUGGAAACAUGACUGCGCAGGCCAAAGCCAAGUUCAAGUCGAAGCGAAACGCUGCCGGAAAACAAGUUGUUUUGCUGGAUACCGAUUCCGAUGACGAAGAAGAUAUUGGAGUCGACUUAGUGGUCACGACCUAUGACUGCUUUCGCAUCGAGCAAGCUUGGUUCAAGAAGGCGUUCGUCUGGCGUUACGCUGUUUUGGAUGAAGGUCAUACUGUCAAGAACCAUCAAAGUCUUGUUUCAAAAUCCCUGCAGGGUUUGAAGGCUGAGUAUCGCUUAAUUUUGACUGGAACCCCGCUACAAAAUAACCUAUCUGAGCUUUGGAGUCUCUUGCAUUGGCUCUAUCCAGAAGUUUUCAGCGAGAACACAAAUGAGCUCUUCGAUAACUCGUUCAACCUGUCAAAGGGUCACUAUCUCAACACAGUUCUUGAUAGUUCCAGACGUUUGCUAGAGUUGAUCAUGCUACGAAGAAUGAAAACCUCACCUGGAGUUGACUUAAAUCUUCCACCAAAGACUGAAGUAUUAUUGUUUGUGCCAUUGAGUCCAAUGCAGCGCUUCUGGUAUGAACGCAUGAUCACCAAAGCUGACCAAGGCCUUUUGGAUGAGCUUUUCAAGGGUACGAAAGAAAAAGAAGCAGUUGCUAUAAAGGCUUCUGCCGAGGAAGCACUUCGAGAUGCCGAAGUCAUGAAGAUCGAGGAGAAUGCCCUCAAAGUAUUCGAAGACACUGAAAUGAUGGGGACGGAUGCAUGGAAGGAGACCAAGGACAUUCUCGAACAGACUGUUCAACGCGAAGCAGAAGUUCAGGCGGAAGGCAAGAGCAAAUCUGCGUGGCAAAAGUUGAUGAAUCUAUUGAUGCAACUCCGCAAGGUUUGCAAUCACCCAUAUCAAAUAUCCCACGCAGAGCCUGAUCCAUACCAUUCGGGAGAUCACGUUAUUCAUGCUUCUGGAAAAUUCAUCAUUCUCGAAAAGCUUUUGAAUGAGUUGGUAAUUAAGCAAAAGAAGAAGAUUUUGAUAUUUUCAGGAUUUACUAAAAUGUUGGACUUGGUCGAAGAACUUUUGUUGCUUAGAGGAGGGGAUGGCUCAAGCUACCGCUCGGUACGAAUCGAUGGCUCUACCGCUCGAGCACGUCGAAACCUCGGCAUUCGGAUGUUCAACGACUUGACAAGUGACUACAGAGUAAUGAUGAUUUCUACCCGUGCUGGUGGACUAGGUAUCAAUUUGGCAACUGCGUCUGAUGUUGUACUCCUUGAUCAAGACUGGAAUCCACAAAUCACCCUACAGGCUGAGGCUAGAGCACACAGAAUUGGUCAGAAGAAUCCCGUCACGAUCUACAAACUUGUUUCGCAAGGCACGGUCGAAGAACAAAUGAUGGGUCGGAUCCAGAAGAAGCUCUACCUUUCUGCAAAAGUCACCGAGGCCAUGCAAGAUAUUCACACCAAAUUUGGCGGUGGCAAGAAGAGUAAGAAAGGAAGACCAUCUGAAAUCGACGAAAAUAUGCCUCAAUUAAGUACCGGUCAGCUUAUGACUUUGGUAAGACGUGGUGCUUCUGCAAUAUCUCGGCCGGAAAUUGAUGUCAACGAGAUGUUGAGCUGGUAUGUCAAAGUAUAGCUCAUUGUACAUGGUUAUUUGCUAACAUUUUCAGGGAUUGGGAUACUACAGUGUCGAAGUGCAAAGAUCAGCCUGCCGAUUUCAAUGUCAAAAAAGAUGUCAUCCCCGAUGCUAAGGUUGAUGAAGAAGCUGAGCGGAAAUGGUUGACUGAGAUGGAGCGGGUGGAAUCAUCUGUCUUUGCUGGCAAGAAAUUGGCUCGCACCAAAUACAGCUCUAACAAAGAUAUAUCAGAAGAGUUUGACAGAGCAGAGCGCCGAAAGGAUAAGAACACCACGGUCAUGGUUGAUGGUUUUGCUGUUUCCAAGGAAUCGAUGAACUGCAAGCAAUGGGAGGCUGUGCCCACAAUAGGUGACAAGAAUCCUAUCUACAAGGAGCCACAGCGCGAGAAGAAAGCACCCAUCGAGCCACAAAGUCAUUGUCAAGUUUGCACUGACGGAGGAGAAUUGCAUUGUUGCCAAUUAUGUCCUCGAGCAUACCACCUUCAUUGCCUUGACAAGGAAUUCCAGCAAAAAGCCAAGGGAUGGCAAUUCAAUUGUCCACAACAUCAGUGUUAUGAUUGCACGCAAAAGACUACAGAUGCUGGUGGAAUGUUGUAUCGCUGUCGUUGGUGCGAGCACGCGUAUUGCGAGGAUUGCAUUGAUUUUGAGAAUACCACACUCAUUGGUGACAACCUCCCCGAAUAUGAGCUUCUCAAUUACCCUGAGAUGACUCAAGCCUUCUAUAUUCAGUGUGCAGCGUGUACAGAUCACUUCAAGCAAGUUCCUAAGGAUAAAGCUUUAUGUAAUGAGAUUGCGCACAAGAUUUCAGAGGAAUACGAAAGCAAGUUUGUUGGAGAAAGAGAAUCGGUCACCCCUCCUGGAUCGUUGACUGAUGCUACGACUACUACGGAGAGCAAUGGCAUCAACACUCCAAUUACAAUCGACGACGACAUUGUCUUUGUGUCUUCCAAGAAGCGCAAGAUGUCCACGCAAAUGGGCGGAGAAUCUUCCAAGAGAGAGAAGGUUAGCGGUGCCUUGUACUAAAAUAUACGAUGAGAAAGAUGGCGUUUAUGUGACUUUCAUAGAGUGGGCGAAGAUGGGAUCUUUCGUUUAGAUACCUCACGUUAUUUCUGUUUUUCCCCUUUUACAAUUCACAGGAAGGCGUUCAUUCGCAGGCGCAGGAUAGCGAUUGUUAUAUCAUCUGGAAAAGAGGUGUUUCUUUGUGUAAAAACAACCAUUGGGUGGAGAUGGAUGCUCUGAAUUGAGAUUGGGAGCGAUAUUCUAGGGAAUGGAAUGUGUGCUCUUAUGAAGUUGAUUUCUUCUUUGACUCUGCCUGGACUGGACGGGACUGGACUGGUGGGAGCAGAGAUGUAUUAAUUACGGUACAUAGGCAGACAGAUUUUCGAGGGAGUUUUCGGGCUCCGUGUUAUGAUAUGAGACGUUACGAGGGUAGAAAGAAGGCAAUGUAAUGCCUAGUUUAAUUUGCUUGAUG